AUGAAUCAAGGCUUAAAACUUUUGUUCGGUUUGCUAUUUCUCUACACAGCCGCAGUUCAGGCAGGCGUAAUCAGUAUAUUCAAUGCACUACCUCCGCCAAACUCCAAGCCAAUUAGCGGUGAAUCACCACUGUACCAGUGUGAUGUUUCGGAUAAGCAACUCUUAGAAAUUAAGGAGAUUGAUCUGUCUCCUAACCCACCAGUCCGUGGCCAAAACUUAACCAUUACGGCCAACGGUGAGGUCUUCGAAACCAUAGAAGAAGGCUCUUAUGUCGAAGUCGAAGUGCGUCUAGGUUAUAUCAGACUGCUAUCCCAGACUUUCGACUUGUGUCAAACCCUGGAAGACAACGACAUCGAGGGCUUAUCCUGCCCAAUUGAACCAGGUUCAUACGACGUAAAGAAAUUGGUCGAAAUUCCAGGUGAAGUCCCACCUGGCAGGUACGUCGUCCUAGCAAGAGCUUACACUGAGAGCGACGAUUUGAUCACUUGCGUAACCGGAGAAGUCGUCUUCCCCCCAAGGUGA